GAAAGGCGGGCGCGCGGGAGAAGUGGAAAGCCGGGAAGAGAGAGCCGACGAAGGGAAGAAUCGGGGUCCACAACAAAAUCGCUUAAUCGCUUUGCGCCACCGUCCGCGACGGAGCACGGCCCAUUCGUCGCCGCCGCCGCCACCGCCGCCGCCGCCGCCAUCGCAGUGCCCCCUAGUGUGCAUGCAUGCUCGUCGUUGCCUCUUCCUCUCUCUUCCUCCUUUCUCUCUCUCUUUCUCUCUCUCUCCUUUCUCCUUUCCCCUUUCUCGCCCCUUUCUCCGUCUCGCCGACUCGCUGCGCCUCCGGUCUCCGUCUUUCUCUCCUUCUCCCUCUCCCUUUCCCUCUCCCUUCCUCGCCUUCUCUCUCCGGUCUCUGUCUCCCCGUGAUUCGCUAUGCCACUUCGGGCCGCGACGUUUUCACGGGCAAUCCGUGAGUGACAGCUGCCAGUGGGCAACGCGGUGCGUGCGUGCCUCUCGCGACGACGGUUUGACACGGCCGGUACCGGCCGUGCGUGGGUGACAGUUUUGCGUGCGUGCGCGCGAACAAUCGCACGCGUCUCACGUCUCCGAGAUACCUCCGUAUCCUCGUUUCGCGCCCUCGCGGCGGUGUGUUUAAAUCAUCCGGCGAAAGUGUGUGUACGUCAACAUCCCCCCGGGGGAGAGCUUGGUGCAGCCGCGCGGGGUUGGCGAUCACCGCGGAACUCCGGAAUCGCCGUUGCUGCCGCCGCUGCUGCUGCUAACCGACACGCUACCGCUGCUGCCGCUGCGAUUUCAUUUGUGGGUCAGGUCAUGGUGAGCGGCGGUAUGGCCGGGCAGCACUACUGCCUGCGCUGGAACAACUACCAGUCGAAUAUGACGUCGGUGUUCCACCAGCUCCUGCAGACCGAGGCCUUCGUCGACGUCACCCUGGCGUGCAACGAGGCCUCAUUAAAAGCGCACAAGGUGGUGUUGUCGGCCUGCAGCUCCUACUUCCAGAAGCUCCUGCUGUCGAACCCCUGCAAACACCCGACGAUCAUCAUGCCGCAGGACGUCUGCUUCAACGACCUCAAGUUCAUCAUCGAGUUCGUCUACCGCGGCGAGAUCGACGUUUCGCAAGCGGAGCUUCAGUCGCUCUUGAAGACGGCCGACCAGCUAAAGAUCAAGGGCCUGUGCGAGGUGCCGGAGAACAGGGACGGUCCGCCACCCGUGAGCCUGAGCUCGCCGCCGAGGGAGUCCGGCACCCCGAGGUUGAACUACACGAAGCUGAAGAAGCACCAUCAGCGGUACAAGAGACCCAGAAUCGAGCGGCCCGCGUUCGAGCCGCGCGCCACCGAUCCGAGACACUACGAUCGCUACAAAGAGGAGGAGGCCAACAACGAUUACAGCCGCGAUAACAAAGAGAACCAUCGGGACUGGCAGGCUGAAGAUGAAGAGUGCACGGAGACAGCAACAGCAGCAGUAGCACUGGAAACUUGCCAGCGUAAUAAUAAUAACAAUAACAACAACAACGGUAACGGCACGAGUAACAACGGUGACAUGUUCUGUCACACAGGGCUAGGGCACUACGGCCACCAUCCGGAUCCCGGAGAGGUCGAUUUGCCCCCCGAGACCCAACCCACCCCACCCAGCGCCACCCUGGUCGGCACCACCAUCACUCACCUGAGGGACCCGGAUCAUCAUACAGAGAUUCAGAACUGCGACAGCGUCAAGAUCAAGUUCGAGACGCUGCACACGAUGGACUCCUCCGACACGAUCGACAUAGACAGCCACAUGUCGGAUCGGGCGAGCGUGAGCUCGAAAAACGCCGCCGACAGCGACAACAUGAUGAUGAUAACACCGGAGUUGCUGGGACUGAUGCCGUCGGGAAGCUCCGGCCAGUCGGACUCGGGCGAGAACAAUUCGAGGGGGCACAGCGGACAGUCGAGCUCGCAUCAUCACGGUUCAAAAUCGUGGACGCAAGAGGACAUGGACGCGGCUUUAGAGGCGCUGAGAAAUCACAACAUGAGCCUGACGAAAGCUUCAGCAACAUUCGGUAUUCCCUCGACGACUCUGUGGCAACGGGCACAUCGAUUGGGCAUCGACACGCCGAAGAAAGAUGGCCCAACGAAAUCCUGGAGCGACGAGAGCUUGAACAACGCUUUAGAGGCGUUACGCACUGGCUCCAUUUCGGCUAACAAGGCGUCCAAGGCGUACGGCAUACCUUCCAGUACAUUGUACAAGAUCGCCAGGAGAGAAGGCAUCAGGCUGGCCGCGCCGUUCAACGCGAGUCCCACUACGUGGACGCCGGCCGAUCUGGACCGCGCCCUAGAAGCAAUAAGAUCUGGUCAGACCUCCGUGCAGAGAGCGUCGACGGAAUUCGGUAUACCUACGGGGACUCUAUACGGAAGAUGCAAGCGGGAAGGAAUCGAGCUUAGCAGGAGCAAUCCCACGCCGUGGAGCGAAGACGCUAUGACUGAAGCUCUCGAGGCCGUCAGAUUAGGGCACAUGAGCAUAAAUCAAGCGGCGAUCCACUACAAUCUACCGUAUUCGUCACUGUACGGGCGCUUCAAGAGAGGCAAAUACGAGGAACCCGUCGUCGGCGACCUCUCGCAGGAUGGCACCAGUCCGCAUUUCCAUCAAAGCCCCAACCAGAAUCACUCGUCCGCCCUUCCAGAUCAAAUGCCUUAUCCGGGCAGCUGAAACUUACCUCUUUACUAGAGUAUUAAGUUAGCUUAAGCUCCGAACUUUUCGAUUCGCGGCGGCAGCUCCUCAAACAACUCUUUAAGCAAACACGCGCGGGCGGGAUUCUAAAAGAUUAGAUACCGAUCGGAGAGAGAAUGUCAUUGCAAAAACGCAGGUAGCGAAGGACGAAGAUUUACCCGCAGUAUUAAAAGUGGAUCGCCGUAAGCAAGCAUUAUGUACAUUGUAUGAUUUUUAUGUCGGAACAACAAACGUAGAUUAUACUAAUUUAUAAGAAUUAUUUAUAAAAAAGCACACUGUACAGAGACCGAGGGGGGUGCCCCAACGAAAACUACUUUUAGCAUGUAAGUCAUUAUGAAGGUGAGGAAUAGAUAUUACGAACAACAGGGCGACAGUAUCCUGUUAUGCGAAAUCGUGCAAAAAAGUGAUGCUAUUUGUUAUUACGAUCAACAACAAAAGGUUGUAGUAAUUUCUUGAAGGUACCUUCAAAGUCUAACGUUUAACAUAAUUUUAACACAAUCUUACGUUUUACAUCAUUACCAAAUGAGACAUUAGAACUCACAUAGUAAAUUAUCGAAAUGAAGAGUGUUUCUUGCAUGAUAAUUUCACAUAACGAGGAUACACUCGUGAGCAUGUGUCAAGGGGAGAGACGGGAGAGAGCGUAUAUAUAAUUUAGUGCUAUCGACAAAAUUGGAAUACGUAACGAGAAAAGCAAUUUGUUAUAAUACACGAAUGGCUGAAAUGAUAUUAAGGGCAAAAUUUAAAGAAUUUACGAACGAUUUUAUUCUUUUAACGCCUUGUCCCCGUGUUUUAUUUUGCGCGAAAUUAGCAAGCGCAUUUUAUUUCUUUAUAUUGGAUAAAAUUAAUUAAGUGCGAAUUGAUACUCAGAAAUUAAAACAACUCAUGUUUGUUUGCAGAACGGCUGUUCUAGUAUUACAACAUGAAGGGUUUUACAAGAACUUAUGUGCUAAUAAUUUAAAACAUAUUCCAUAUAACGGACUGAUAAUGAUUAGGGUCUUUAUUAAUUUUUGCGUUAUUGAUUUUUUGUUUUAUUUGUUCUGUUAACGAAAAGAGGGAUUUAAAAAAAAAAUAAGUUUUCCGCGAAAGAUGAGACGGUAAAUAUUUACGGAAUAGGUAGAUGGCUUUUAACAGUUUCUUAGGAAAAUUUAAGAUUCCCUCUCAGCUCAACUGCCACUCGUAUAAAUACGUUACACACAUUAUUAAUUUAUCAUGCUCACAUCAACUAUAUUACAUACAAAUAUACAUAUAGAUAUAUGCUACUUAUAAAUAUAUAUAUAUAUAUGUACA